AUGCGCUUUCAGCUGGGCUUAUCAAUCUGGACGAAAGCAGUGACGAGAAAUGGAGAGGAGCCACAUGAAAACGCCCGCCCAUCUCAAAUUGACUGCUUUUUGAUGUUGUCCGCGCCUACGCUGGAUGCCUUGUUUGAGAGCAACAGUGGUGCUGACAAGGAGAUCGCCGGAGCUGAUACAGAAGCGGCUGCAUCGACCGUGGACAUCGCGCAACAGUCAUCGGGUCAGAUCGAGCUAUCAGACGAAGAUGGCGUCGUUGGCGGGUUCCAGCGAGUGCUGUCGGAAGCUGAAUCCAUAGGACACAUCCAUCUUUAG